UGUGUGUGUGUGGGAGAAGAGACAGACCAAUGCACGACUAGGAAGCAGAUUUCAUCACGGUGGCGGUUGUCUGGUGGAGGACCGGGGGCUGGUUUGUCAUGAGAGCCAGCAGGCUGUGAGGAUACUGACACCCAUUGUGCAGCACCAUUUGGACGGCAGAUCUAAGGCUGUGAAGGAGCUCUGGACCUUUUACCUUUCUGUCUCUUUUCUUUUUAUUCAACCGUUUGUGACUGUGACUCUGAAUAUGAACACUGCUGUGACGGUCGCUCCGGGCCUCACCAUCCCCACACCUCAGUGACAACCACCUCGGGCCUUUAAAUGAACCCAUACUCGCUCGCUGAAGCCAUGACAGACAACCUGAGGAUUUUAUAAUUGUCUCCAGAGGAAACGCGCCGUGACUUGAGGGAACCUGACGGUGCCCAGGUUAGCAGAGUCCAACAUGGGCCUGGGAGUGCUGGGCGUGUUCCUGGGCCUCCUUCUGGAGGUCUCCAGCCACGGGCCCCACAGCGGGCCCCGCACCACCUGGAAGCACCAAGACGUGGACCUGUUGGAGUUCUCCGAGCCGGGGGUCUUCAACUACUCCACUCUGCUGCUGAGCGAGACGAGGGACGCGCUGUACGUCGGCGCCCGGGAGGCCAUCUUUGAGCUGAGCAAGAGGAACGUGACGGUCCGCAACAACAAGGUCCAGUGGAAGGUUGCGGAUACGCCUAUGAGCAUGUGCACGCUGAAGGGGAAAUCUAAAGAGAAGGACUGCCUGAACUACAUCCGGGUGCUGCAGGUGCUGAACGAGGAGCACCUGUACGUGUGUGGGACGCACGCCUUCCAACCACAGUGUGACUAUCUGUCGAUCAAAGACUUUGUGCUGGAGGGCCGGGCGGAGGACGGCCGGGGGAAGUGUGCGUUCGACCCGUCGCACAGCGUCACCACCGUCAUGGUUGAUGGCGAGCUCUACUCCGGCACGGUGUAUAACUUCCUGGGCAGUGAACCCAUCAUCUCGCGGUACUCCCCUCAGCAGGCCCUGCUGCGCACAGAGUACUCCACGUCAUGGCUCAAUGAGCCCAGCUUCGUGUUCGCGGACGUGAUCCGGGAGGGCGGGGGUCCUGCCGGGGAGGACGACAAGAUCUACUACUUCUUCACCGAGGUGUCCGUGGAGUACGAGUUCUUCGGCAAGCUCUUCAUCCCCCGGGUGGCUCGCGUCUGCAAGGGAGACCUGGGCGGUCAGCGCACGCUGCAGAAGAAGUGGACGUCCUUCCUGAAGGCCAAGCUGGUGUGCUCCAUGCCCGAGCUCAACUUCGUGUUCAACGUGGUGCACGACGUGUUCGUCCUGGAGGCGGAGGACUGGCGCAACACGCUCAUCUACGCCGUCUUCACAUCCCAGUGGGGCAACGUGGGCCUUUCGGCCGUGUGUGUGUACAACAUGGCGCUGGUGGACGAGGUGUUCUCCAAGGGGAAGUACAUGCAGAAGGCCACCGUGGAGCAGUCCCACACCAAGUGGGUCCGCUACAACGGCAUCACCCCGUCGCCACGGCCCGGAGCGUGCAUCGACAACGCCAUGCGGCAGGAGAACAUCAACAGCUCGCUGCACCUGCCCGACAAGACGCUGCAGUUCGUCAAAGACCAUCCCCUCCUGGAGGACCCCGUGCUGCCGGUCGGCGGGCGGCCCCACCUCAUCACCAAGGACGUCAACUACACCCAGAUCGCCGUGGACCGGGUGACGGCGCUGGACGGACGCGCCUACGACGUCAUCUUCACCGGCACCGACACCGGAGUCCUGCAUAAGUCGGUCCUGGACGAAGGAGAGGUGCACGUGGUGGAGGAGAUCCAGCUGAUCAAGAGCGGCGGGGCCAUCAAGAACCUGCUGUUGUCCUCCGAGACCCGCUCCCUGUACGCCGGGUCAGACUCCGGCGUGGUCCAAUCCCCCACCGCCUUCUGUGGGAAGUACCUGUCAUGUGACCAGUGUGUGCUGGCCCGGGACCCCUACUGUGCCUGGGACCCCAGCUCUUCGGCCUGCGUCAAUAUACUCGACCGCCCAGAAACGCAGAACGGUCUGAUCCAGAGUUUAAAAGGUGACGCAGAUUCCUGUCCUGCAGUGGCGGCGCUCUCCCCCCGGGACUACGGGCGCGUGCUGGUGCGUCCGGGCAGCUCGGCGGAGCUCCCGUGCGCGCCGCCCUCCAACCUGGCGCUGGUGUCGUGGCGGCUCAACGGCUCGGCGCUCACCGAGGCCUCGCGCUUCCACUUCAUCGGCGAGGGGGGCCUGCUCAUCUACAGCGUGGGCCCCGAGGACCAGGGCCGCUACGAGUGCUGGUCCCUGGAGUGGGCCCCGGCCGCCGGCAAGAACUUCAGCCGGCAGGUGGCCGCCUACACCCUGGUGCUGGCCGCCCCCCCGGCCCCCCGGGGCCCCCGCAAGGACCUGGGCCGCGCCGCCCCGGAGCUGGGCCGCAGCGGCCCGCUCGGCGACCCCUUCCCCGAAGGUAACGCUAACACGCCGGGGCCCUCCCCGCUAACCCCGGCCCGCCUCUCCCCCCCGCUGCCGCCGCCGCCCCCCCAGCCCCGCACCGACUCCCCACUAACCCCGCCCCCCGGCGGCGGCGGCGGCACGCUGCGGCUGCAGCCCCGGCACCACCCCCUCCAGCCCAGCUCCAAGGCCCCCGGGGGCCCGGAGGCGCGGGACCCCUCGGCGCAGUACCUGCAGCGGGGCAACGCGGCGGCCCUCCUCUGCCUCUUCCUGCUCUUCUUCUUCCUCUUCCUGGCGGCGCUGGCCUACAACUGCUACAUGCGCUACCUGCCGGCGCCCUGCCUGCGGCUGCGGGCCGCGCUGGUGGGGGGCCACAAGUCCCCGCUGCGGCCCGAGUACCGCGCCUGCGAGGGCGGCCUCAUGGAGCCCCCGGCCGCCGAGAAGCUGAAGCUGGCGCCGCGGCCCGAGGGCCAGCAGAACGGCAGCCAGACCCCCACCCCGACCCCCACCGCCAACACCACCGCCACCAACACCACCCAGAGCCAGCUGCGCGCGCUCCGCGACACGGGCUACGAGACGGAGCCCGACUGCGGCAACGGGAAGAUCCCGUCGCACGGGUUUGGCGGCGGCGGCGGCGGCAGCGACAGUCCCUCCAGCGAGAAGCCCUUCGACGUGGACUCGGACUCGCAGCACAUCGAGUUUGCCGACGCGGACGAACCGAGCUGCUAGCGCGAAAAUCUGCUUUUUUUUUUUUUUUUUCAUUCACCCCCACGCCGAGCACAGAAAGUAUUUAUAGUGCGUCCGACUCUACAAGCUGCUUCCUUUCGAGGUAGAAUUGUGAAAUGUGAAAAUAUGGCCGAUGCCGACGGUGGUAAACUCAAGUGUUUUGCCUCCCCCUCAACUCUCCGAUAGAACCAACGGAUCAUUGGACAACCGAUGACCGUAGUCCAGCUAUAAAAAGAUUUCUAGUUAAAUUCCAAAUUGGAAACAUUUGUUUACCAAAUUGGUAAGUUAAAUUCAUGUUGACCAGAUUGGAGCCAUGUUAACUUUGUGCAGUGUUGGGGCCUGCGUCUUGAUACUUUUUUCUUUUGUAAACUUAUGGUAGAUCCUUUGGGGCUACCAGAUAUCUGGGGGAGCGGCGUGUUUUUAAACCAUCCCAAGUGUGAUCUGUGACUCCUCAGGGACUGAGUUGGCUUUGGUACGGGGGGAUCGUACCUGCGUUUCCUUUCUUGAAUGUUGUCACCGUUGAGCAUGAUGUCUGUGGACCGCAGCGAUCAGCGAUACCGACGGUACAGAGGAUGUCAACACGAGAGACCACAACGGAAUGGAGGAAACGUGCGUUUGAAGGAUUGAACCUCCGACGUAUUUGCGUGCGUGUGUGAAACUAGGGGAUAUCCAAUAAAUAUGGACAGGGGAGACUUUGACCGCUUGAUAACAUUUGACCCGGAAAAUGCAAAAGACUUAAAGAGGAUUGGAACCACUUUGAGAAAGUCACUGACGCGUGAAGUCUGACAUGCUGAAGAAGGGCGUUCAACUGUUCGUCCCGGAGUUGUUGUGCUGUGCCAUAUUAACUUCUACUAGUCCUAUUCCCCAGUAUGGUGUGACAAUAACCAUUCAUAACGCGUCUAAUUUAAGACCAUUUGCUUGAUAAACCUCUUUUUUUCACUGAAAUAUGAGCCUGGGAUACAAUCGCAUUUUUUGUAUUUUUGUUCUUUUUAAUUUAAUUGAGCUUUAAGUAUUAGAGUAUUUCCAGAAAGCUAUUAUUUAACUGACACUGACGCACGUCUCAAAUCACUGCAUCUCCUAUUCUGCUCAAGUUUCAUCUCUGUCAUUCCCCACCUUUUUUCCCUCCCUUUCGCACGUCCCCUCUUCUUCGUCAGCUGUCCUCACUCCUCUCUCCUCCGUCUCCAUCCCCCCCCCCCCCCAUCCCCUUUCUUCCCUCACAGCCCCGGCCACCUCUUCCUCUUCCGCCUCCCUGUCUUCUGAAGGUAGCUCUCGCUCUGUCCUCUCCUCCUCCUCCUCCUCCUCCAUGUCCUCCUCCCCCUCCGAGCCCAGCGUGGGUGUGGCGGGAGGGGGGGAGGCGGAGGUGAGGCUGCUGCCCCCCCUGCUGAAGGACCAGGCCUGGGGGCUGCACGCCCAGGAGGCCUUCUUGCUUUUCUGCCUGGCCCUUGGUGAGUGGUGUUUGUGACCUUUGACCCGCUGUCCGAGCCAGCUUUAGCCCUUAACUGCAUCCCUGAGGAACUUGAGUGCAGGUUGAUGCCCCCCGCCCCCCAUUUACUUUUCUAAUCACUUCUCUCCGCUUUUUCUUGCAUGGAAUUUUCCUUCUACAUUGCCAAUCGUGUGUGUGUGUGUGUGUGUGUGUGUGUGUGUGUGUGUGUGUGUGUGUGUGUGUGUGUGUGUGUGUGUGUGUGUGUGUGUGUGUGUGUGUGUGUGUGUGUGUGUGUGUGUGUGUGUGUGUGUGUGAGACAUAAAACCUAAACAAGGGGCAGGUGUGUCAAUGUACUCAAGAAUUGGCGGAAAUCAUCGUUUGUUCUGCUAGCGUCCCUCUGUUCUGGUUUGCAGUCUUGAUGUGUUACUAACGUGCGAGUCCUGAUUGUUUUUGGCCGGAGGGUCUUGGGACAUUUGAGGUGGACUUUUCUGGAUUGCUUCUUUUUUUUUUUCUAUGUUCAAGAAUAGAGACUCAUUGUAUCAUAUUUUUUUUUCAACACUUUAUCCAGAACUUUGUGCCUGUAAACAAGUGUAAAUAUAUUUGUAUAUAUGGAGAAAAUAAUACCUUUAAAUAUGUAAAUAGAUUCUCGGAAAUCUUGAAUACUGCUGUAGGGGAUUUGAAUAAAUGUUACAUUCAAAUGUUUUAAAA